AUGUCUACAGAAUGUCUUCAAAUAGAAAAUCGAUUUUUAAGGAUUUGGUUUGUGCGGCAUACCAGAAAAUUUAAUCUUUAUGGAUUAGUUAAAACAGGAGUCAAAGAUCUUCUAUGUGUUAAUAACAAAAUGCUGGUGUUGAUAACUGUGGCCUUGGUCUUGAAGAAUAAACAGGUUAAGAAAGGAUCUCGUCGUACGGGCACUUUAGCUGAAAAAAUUAGAGCAGGUGGUGCAGGCUUUCCAGCUUUUCAUACUCCAGCUGGUUAUGGGACUUUAAUCCAUUAUGGUGGUUCACCUUUAAAUAAAAUGGCGAAGUCGAAGUGGUCAGCGCUCCAAAAGAGGAGCGUGUAUUCCACUGAAGAAAUUAUAUCAUGGAAGAAUUAUAUCAUUGGUUCGAAUUCUGCCUCUCAGAAGUAA